CGAAUCAUUUCUUCUAGUACCUAGAUAUUCAUUGAAUGAAUAAAUGAAUUUUUUAUUUCGAUCAAAACGAUAAAAAAAACGAAAUCUUAUAUUUUUCAAAAUUUAGUUUCUAAAGAUGUUUACAUCAUGAAAAUAAAUUAGAUAAUACCUUCAAAAAUUUCUGAGUGUUCCCUCUCACUGGGUGCUCUACAAAAUUUAUACUGUUUAUCUCAUUCAUUUUAAAAAUUUUGAACAAUAUUUAAUGAUGGUUUUACAUUGGACAUUUAUUUUGUUGUGUAUCGUCAAUUUUUGCGCAAGAAAUCUGAAGGCUGGUAUUCCUGGAAUAAAAAUAAAGGCUAUAAGUACAGCUAAAGACUCCUCAGAUUACACAGAAUUAUCUGCCUUAAUAGGAUCAUCAAUUCAUCUCCCUUGCAAUUUAAGCCAAGAUUCUAAUGAAGAUGGAGUAAAAUUAGUUCUGUGGUAUAAAUUAGACUUUCCCAAUCCAAUAUAUACCCUGGACAUCAGAACUAACACCAUUGAAGCCAAACAUUAUUCAAGUAAGAUCUUCGGUUCCAGAGCUUAUUUCAACGUGACAAAGCAUGCCACCGCUCAUCUAAGAAUAAACCCACUUAAGGACGAUGAUGAAGGAGAGUACAGAUGCCGAAUAGACUAUAAAAGAGGCCGAACGAUAAACCGAAUAGUAAAGCUCAAUGUUAUUGUUCCUGUUAAGUAUGUAAGAAUAAGAGGUGAAAGAAAUAUUACCUAUUCUGGAGUAAUUGGACCUUUUUCAGAAGGUCAAAAGCUAACUCUCAUUUGUGAAGCAACUGGAGGCAGACCGACACCUCGCGUUUUUUGGAAGAAGGAACAAAGGGAAUUAGAAAGCACUACAUACGUUGAUCACAAUGGUAUGGUGAUGAAUAUAGUUGUUAUUGAUUCUUUAACACGAGAAGACUUAUCAACCAUUCUAACAUGCCACGCAAUGAACAAUAAUAUUACAUCACCAGUUUUUUCUUCAGUGAUGUUCAACAUGAAUUUGAAGCCACUGAACGUAAAAAUAACAACUCAUUUGGAGGUCUUAACAAAUGGUGAUGAAAUAGAAAUCAGUUGCCAAAGUGAAGGUUCUAAGCCUCCGGCAGAAAUAAUUUGGUUACGAGAGAACGAUACUGUCUCUCCUUCAUCUACUCACCUAUAUGAUCAUAUAACCAUAAGUAUAAUGCAAAUGAACGUUUCAGCAGAUGACAAUGGAAGGAAAAUCACAUGCAAAGCUCAAAAUCCUCAUUUACCUGAAAGUGCCUUACAAGACAGCCUUACACUAUUUGUGCAAUAUGCACCCCGCCUUUCACUUGUUUUUGGAACAAAUGUUCAAUAUGAACACAUUAGAGAAGGAAGUGACGUUUAUUUUGAAUGCAAUGUUCAGUCUAAUCCACCAAUUUCUGAAAUAAAAUGGAAGUUUCAGUCAGAAGAUCUGUAUCAUGAACCACUCAAAGGAAUCAUGAUAAAAAAUCAUUCGCUUUUGUUGCACAAUGUAAGCAAGAAAAAUAGAGGAAUGUAUCAAUGUCUUGGAGAAAAUUCCUUUGGUGAGGGAAAGAGUGAAGAGAUCUAUCUAAGAAUACAAUAUUCUCCUGUCUGCAGUACAAGACAGCUUCGCACAUAUGGAAUCGCUCGACAUGGGAGGAGCAACAUUUCCUGUUCUGUAGAUGCAGACCCAAAUGAAGUGAACUUUACAUGGACAUUUAAUGGAAGUAAGAGGAGGGAAUUGCCUGGUGCUUCCGGCCAUCGAACUGAUCGAGGAGCUGAAAGCAUCAUCGAAUAUCAACCGUUGACAGUGACAGAUUACGGUGUAAUACAAUGUCACGCAAAGAACGCAAUUGGAAACAUGGUUAAGCCUUGUAUAUAUAAUAUUGUGCCUUCAGGUCCUCCUCCACCACUUCUCAAUUGCACUAUUUUUAAAAGUCCCAAUAAUUCUAUUCAUGUAUUCUGCAGUAAUGGUGACUUAGUACUACCUAAAUCUUACCAUCUUGAAAUAUACAACAUGGAAGAUGAACACUUAGUUACAAAUAUAUCUACUGCAAAAGAUCCAAAUUUUCUUAUAAAAAAUUUACCAGCUGGUUCAAAUUUCGUAUUUGUCAUAUACUCCAACAGUAAUAAAGGAAGGAGUGAAAGCGUUGUUUUAACAACAACUACUACGACUUCCUCAGAAAAACAUAUAAGUCCAAAAAAGAAAUUUGCAACGAAUAUUUUUCUACUCUCCUCCUUUGUCUUUCUUGGAACUUUAGCCGUAUUCACUAUUAUUGCGGGAAUAACAGUGCUAAGAAAUAAACCUAAAGGCCAUAAUAUGAAAGAUAAACCAGCUGAUAUUAAAGUGUCUGAACAGUCCACUCCAAGAAAUAAUGAAUGUGGUGAAGAAAAUUCUUAUAUUUAUAACUCUCCAAAUAUUCAAACAGAUUUUCUACAAUUAACAAAAUUUCCAACAGCUGAUAGCUUACUUUCAAAGCAUUUAGAAAACAAUUAUCAUCAAAACAUAAUUGAGGGAAAUGUGAUGAAUCAUCAUCUUGCAUUAGUAGAAGUAAGUUUUCAAGCUCAUUUCUUUAAAAUGACAUUUAAAAAAUUCUGAAUUAAAGCUUUAAUUAUCAUUCUUUUGCAUUGUAGAAUU